AGUCUAAUCUAAUGGCAAUCAAAUGAUUAAUUCCGGUUGUUUAACCUCUCGGCGGGGACCUCACGAGCCUGGAAUGGAUUGUCUCUCGCAGCAGGAAAGUCAAUCGGAAACCUUGGAGAUACCUUCCGGGACUUCUGCUGUGGUCACUGCUCUUUCUGCCUCCGGGUUGGCCACAGAUGAGUUUAGAUUUGUCGGAUUUCUUUUUAAACAUGCCGGUUCAUGGAAGGAGAGGUUGAUAGUUUCUACAAAUGAAGCUAGAACCCAAAUAUUCUAUUUUCCUCUUCAUCAGCUUUGUCAGUUUCUUGAAGAGAGUUCAUCAAUUUUUGGUGUUUUAAGACCAUGUGUUGUAUAGCACAGGAGAUGACAAAAAUACUCAAAGACUUUUGGCGGGGCACUUUGGGAGAAGCCAAAGAAGCAUUUUCAACAUGCCAACCAAAGGGAGAAAUUACACUCGAGUGAAGGCAAGGCAAAAUGUGUAGAGGAAACACCAUCAGAGUGUCAGCUUGAGAGUUAAGACAAUUGAUCUCCAGUGGGGAGUCAAAUUGGUGGUUGAAGGAACAUCAAUGAAAAAGAAAACAAUAUGUUCACUUGCUCUGAUAAAAUUUGGAAAGCAAAUUGAGGCAAAGGAUUUAAAUUGAUGCUAAUCAUUCUGGAAAGCCAAUGCUGAGCCAAUUUUGCCUUCGGCCUCUGUUUUCGAAUUUAUAGAAUGUGUUGCUGUAGAAGCCAUAGCAAGGAAAGUCCGUUCUGCAAGCAGAUCAAGACCGCUAGCCCCAUCAAUGUCAAGGAACAAAAAUCUUAAAUUAUGCUUUCAAUUUUACUGAAAUUCUCUCACAACUCAUAUCAAUCCAUAUGUUCAAACUAGAAUAGAUUUUUGAUGGUUCUUUUUUUUUUUUUUUUUGGGUAAAUAUCUUAGAUGGUUCUUUGCUAUAACAGAUAGGCAUGGAAAUGACUAAUUCAAUUUUUCUGACUCAUAAUAUACCUCUAACCAGUGAAGGUCUUCAAUGUAGCAUGUACCAAUUUCAAAUAGAACUUGACAGAUGGAUCUACUGAGUGAAUCAAUAGUUACAACUCCUUUGAACUCUUGCUCUCCCUAGUAAUGCUGGCAGAAUCAUGUCCUAUUUACUCUCUGUUACCCAGUUCUAAACGACAGUCUGGACAACUAAGUGAAUCAUACAGCUGCAAGCAAGGGGACUGAUGUACGAAAAUGAAGAUGCUAAUAGCUCUUCCCCUCCUAUUUUGCUUACUACUUUAUUUCCUUAUUUACAAAUGUAGCUAAUUACUGAUUCUAGAAAGGGUGAAAGAGUUAAACGCCAAUCCAUGCUGGACAUAGCUGGAGCUGUCCCUUCCAAAGACAAGAUCCAGCCGGCAAACCAGUUGGAGAAAGGUGGGUCGCGAUCACAGGCUCCUCAAUGCUUAUAACACCACAUGUGCACUGCAAGAUGAUGGGACCCUGCAACCCCUUAGCCGUACCAGACCUCCAGGACAUGGUAAAAACAAUCCCUUCUCCAAUUCGCCAUCUUCUGAUUUGAAUUUUGUUUCAAAAUAAAAAAACGAUCUUUCUAUCUUUUCCUUAGUCCUUGGUUCCUUGCUUGUCCCUUUUUAUCCCAUUAUAUGUGCAAGAACAAGAAGUCAGUGGUACUGAAUGGCAGUCCUUCUCUAGCUUUUGAUUGGUCUCAUCUAUAGUCAUCAUCAUGAAGCCAUGGUAGAUGAGGUUAAGUAGUUCGGUCUGAAUAUUUGUUGCCCUGUGGCUAGAAUCUUCCUGGGAUCAAACUCCAUUUUCCUCUGAUAAAAUCGAUCCCAUCCAUCCCCAAAGUGCUCCAUCCAUUCCUCCUGUGAGGUGUAAUGAGGCAGAUACUGCUUCACCCUGAUCCCAGCGUCGUUACAGAAUCUGAGGAUCUCUCGGUUCUGUUUCUUUAGGUACUCCAAGCUAUGUAUCUCCUCCCUAUCAUCCAGUGCCGAUCUAAGUAGGGCCACCAGGUAAAAAACAUCCUCCUCUGGUGUUACCGCUGAGCUCCGCCGGUCCCACCUGCAUGCAGGUAAAAAACAUUAGCCAAAAAAGGAUAGAAGGAAAAACUUCAUGUUUUUGGAGCAUUCUGAGUACCGUCCAAAUUAUGGUAGUUGGGAUUUGAUUGUUUUGAAAGAAUCAAAGGGACCCGCCAUUAGUCGUUACCUGUAGAAACUGCUGUGUUUUUGGAGCUCACUUUGUAACAAGACAGACGAUGGGUCCAACCGGAGAAGAUCUUCCGACACCAGGAUCUUCUCAGUUGGAACUUGGAAGACCCUUUCCAACAUUACCGUCGAAUUUGUUGGUAAAAAAGAAAAAGGAAAAGGGAAAGGAAAAAAUGGGUUUGUGGGUCAUCAUGGGUGUUGUUAUUUCCGGCAUGAAAAAUGUUAAGG